AUGUACGCGAUAGACUGCAUGUCGGCGGCCGGGGCGCUGCAGGGCGGCACGCCCGGAGCAGCAGCAGGAGCAGCAACAGCAGGUGCUGCUACGCCUCCCGCAGACACCAGAAAUCCCAUAACCACCACUUCAUCUGUUCUGGCCCUCAAGUACAGAGACGGAGUCCUCAUGGUGGCCGACACAGCAGUGUCCUACGGACGCAUGAUGCGAUUUCGCGGACAACCCCGAUUCAUGAACCUCGACAACAAAACCCUCAUUUGCACUUCUGGGGAAUACUCAGACCACCAGUUUUUGGAGCGGGAGCUGCAAGAGUUGGUGGACGAGGACGCGGCCCACGCGGACUGCAGCAGCAGCAGUAGCAGCAGCAGCAGCAGCACCACCCUCAGCCCCAAGGCCAUUGCCAGCUACACCUCCAGGACAAUGUAUCAAAGAAGGUGCAAAUUCAAUCCUUACUGGCUAUCCGUUAUCGUCGCGGGACACAUGGGCAGCCCCAAGGGCAUUCACGAGCAGCAGCAGCAGCAGCAGCAGCAGCAGCAGCAGCAGGAAGGACAGCAGCAGCAGGGCUCCGAAAUGUACUUGGGAGCCAUAGAUAUGCUUGGCACAUUCUUCGAAGAGCAAGUUGUCGCCACGGGUCUUGGGCGUUACUUUGCAAUUACUCUGAUGAGAGAGAGGCAGCGCCCCGACAUGUCUGAAGAGGAGGCGCGGGAGCUGCUUGAGGAGUGCAUGCGGAUUUUGUUCUACAGAGACUGCGCAGCCUCUAACGAGGUGCAGUUCGCUAAAGUUACGGCCUCGGGAGUGACAGUCGACGAACCCAAAAAGCUUGACUCCAAAUGGCAUUUCGAGGCCUACACGAAGAAGACUAUAGAUAUGGACAUGGCUGGGUGCUCCUGCACCAGACUUAAAAAAACAAAGUCCUCUGAAGAGGUCUACUUGCUGCAAGCACCUGCAGCAGCGGGUGCUGCAACUGCCGCUGCAGCAGCAGCUGCUGUAGCAGCAACUGCAGGGGCACAAGCCGCUGCAAGGGCAAUGCCGCCGAAUGGCUCUUGCUUAGGCUAG